AGAAAAAAUUGGUUAGUUAGAUUCACUGAAAAGAGAAUUUGAUAUCUUUUUCAUAUUUAUUUUAUGGUUCCUGUAACUCUCUUGAAGAAAUUGGUAAGGUGCAGAAGAAAAAUUGAUUCGGCGUUGGGUUUUAUUAAAAUAAAGAUUUUGACUUCUCUGUUCUUGUUUUGGACGGAGAGUUCAGGUUUUUUCUUUUUCUGGGAAAAAAGAAGAAGGGAAAGGGGAUUGAGGUUUUGGUCAUAGUUUCUCCUCAAUGAUGUUUCUAAUUGGGUCCUUAUUUACCAUUUUCUGCUCUGAUUUUUCAGAUAUCUUUUGUAGAGGUAAAGAAAUUUAUUGUCUUGGUGUUUGUUGGGAGGUCAACUUUUAUGCAAUGUUAAAUAAUUGCCUUUUAUGCUAAAUAAAGAAACAAAACGUUGGUAUUUCUUGCUGAUGUUGCUAUUCUUGAAGUGUUAAGUUUUCCAGUUUUUUCCACUUCUUGUGAUUUCCCCCUCUCAUUUUGCUGUCAAUUUUUCAUUUCUUUAACAUGUAUCUUGGAUCCCCUUGCCUCUUUUUUUCUGGCAAUAUCUUACAGGAUGGUUUUUUGGUUGUCAUAAAUGCUAAGCCUCUCUACUUACAAAGUAAAUACAAGGGAACAAAUGGAAAAUGAUUAUGCCACAACCAAUGCUUUUCCUCAUGUGAUUUUUCUUUUCUCUAGAUUAUCCAUAACAGGGUUAAAGUGUUGGCAGACGAUGUAUUUAUUAAUAUUCAGAGUCUUUAUCUUCUAGAGUUGAGAAUUUGAAAUGGAUUUUUCAGAGUCCACAAAGGUUGUGUACAAUAGAAUCCAGGAGAUAGAGCCUGAAUUCGUCGGCAAGAUCAUUGGCUAUAUUCUGUUGCAAAACCAUGGUGAGAGAGAAAUGAUUCGGCUAGCCUUUAGCCCUGAUAAUUUGAUUUACGCUACGAUUAGCAAAGCCAAAUCUGAUCUGGGGCUAAACAAAACACCAGUUGCGAAUCCAAUUUCAUCUUCUCAGGUGAACCCGGCACCUGUUUCAGAUGUUCAUCUGCAAUUUAUUCCUAACACAGCAGUUUCAUCACACCCAAUUUCCUCUCCAAUAAAGAUUAGGACUGGAGGUUCUUUCUGGGAUGCCCAAGUGACCGGUGACCAGCAACAAGCACACAACCUGGAUUUUGGUCCACCAGGGUACCCAGAAAUGCUCCUUGAGGAUUACCGGCUUCAAAACCAAAUGCAGUUCUUGACUUCGGAUGAUCAGUUAGAGUUUGGUAAUUCUGACUUUUCUAGCAGUUACUUUUACCCAGAGCCUGCGUUAGGUCCUAGGACUAGUAGAAGGUCUCCAAGCUUGCCUGAAUUUCCUGUUAAGAUUUGCCAUUACUUCAUUAAGGGGUUCUGCAAACAUGGAAACAACUGUAGGUAUUUCCAUGGCCAUCCCAUGCCAGAAAGCUUUUCUCAGAUUCUCAGUCUAAAUUCGAAUGAGAUUGCAAACGAAGAACAUUUUAUCUCACCUGGCUCUCUUGAAAAGCUUGAAUUGGAGCUCACUGAGCUUUUGAAAUCAAGAAGAGGGGUGCCGGUUUCAAUUGCCUCUUUGCCAAUGAUGUAUUAUGAGAAGUAUGGGAGGAUGCUGCAGGCCGAGGGGUAUCUUACGGAGAGCCAGAGACAUGGUAAGGCAGGUUAUAGUCUAACAAAGCUCCUAGCUCGAUUGAAGAAUAGCAUUCGUCUCAUUGACAGGCCUCAUGGGCAGCAUUCUGUGAUUUUGACAGAAGAUGUUCCAAAGUACUUGGAGUAUGCUGGUGAGAGGAAUGAUCCCGGCGGAAUUGUUGCUGGUUCUAGGCAGAUCUAUCUUACCUUUCCAGCUGAAAGUACCUUUACAGAGCAAGAUGUUUCCAACUAUUUCAGCAAAUUUGGGCCCGUUCAAGAUGUUAGGAUUCCAUGCCAGCAGAAGAGGAUGUUUGGAUUUGUAACUUUUGUUUUUGCGGAGACUGUAAAGCAGAUACUAUCAAAGGGGAAUCCUCAUCAUGUUUGUGGGGCUCGUGUUCUUGUGAAACCUUACAGGGAAAAAUCCAGGCUUGUUGACAGGAAGUACGCUGAGAAAAUACAGCACCCUUUCUUUUACAGCCAACACUUCAUAGAUGGAGAUUCUGAGCUUCACUCUGGGCCGAGAGUUUGUGAUAAUUCAAGAUUAUUCAGGAAGCAGCUCAUGGAGGAACAUGAGCAGGCACUUGAACUUGAGAGAAGGCGUCUCUCUGAGUUUCAGCUUGCGCCUAAACCCCUGGCUCGUCACGCAUAUCACGGCCACCCUAUGGAUGAGUUCAAGCUCGCAGAAGCCUGUGCAGAACAAGCAGAUCAGUUCCCAUCUGCUGAGCAUUUCAAUUACUGGUUUGACGUUUUGAAUAAUGGUUCCACCAGCGAGGAAAAGCAUAGGCAUACAAGGACCAAUUGCAGUGAGCAGGAUAGCAACCAAGGAGUUAAUCUUCCCGAGAGCCCGUUUGCAUCUGCAAUAGGGAAAGGCAUUUCAACAGUUAUAUAGAGUAAGGCACAGAAGAAUUAUAGAGUUAGAGGACUGAAUUCCAAGACCAUUUUCGAGGGUUUCAGACUGCAGGGCCUCCUUUUCUUUAAAAAAAAAAAAAAUACCUAAACUUAAUCGGUGAGCGUCAUAGGUCAGAUACCAACUGAAGGAGAGAAGCUAGAACUGCUCUCCAUGUUACCUGGUGGAGAUUGCAAAGACGACAGAUACAUAAAGUUAAUAUGUUACAGGUUUCCGAGCCUUUUUUUUUCUUUUUUUCUUUUUAAAAAAAUUGAUGUAAUCACAGAAAGCAAUCUAGAAAGCUUACUGUUCUCUAGAAGGGAAGGAAAAUGUAAGAUAGUCUGCUUUAGAUGGCUAAGGAAGUAGAAAAAUGUGCAGGGUUCACAGGGAGAGCAAGAAAGCUGUAGAGCAGCUUGCUGCCAAGAAUAGUAAGGAAUGCUAUUAAGUCUAAUUUUUACAAAGCUAGUAGUUUUAUCCUUUA